AAGGUUACCUAAAACUGAAAAAUAAUGUGAAUUUAAAAAUGAUACUGUUUCAGGGACCACAAAACGGGUCAACAAUUUAAAGCUGUUCUGCAGAAAUGGAGGUUGAUCAAGCCUUGGCAGUUGGUGCAAUCCAUUCCUAUGGGUCCUCUGAGUUCUGGAGUACUUACUACCUCCUCUGUCUGCAUAAAAACAGUGUUGGGAACAUCCUGUGGUACUAUACCCUCAUGAACAUCAGCAUUGUACUGAAGAAAGUCAUUUGUUGCUACAAAAAUGGCAAGAAAAAAGGGAAUUGACAGUGGAAGAGAGAUGGACCAUCUUAUCAAAAUGUAACUUUUUUCCUCCAGAGAAAUUGGAGUAUUCUAAAACGUCGGACCGGUAGUGUAUAUAAUUAAAAAAAUCUAUUAAAACCAAUACUAAAAUGUAAAUAUAAAUACAUUAAUAUUAAACACACAAAUAGAAUAUUAAUUUCAUGAAAUGUAUCUGAAAGGAGAGCAUGAGUACGUUUUUAAGUCAAAUUCAUAUUCGGGGUUUACGUCCGCCCCUAGCUCCGCCCCUGGAUGUUAAUUAGGUCUAUCAAUAAUUACCACCUCUGGCUCCGUAAGGACUUUAACACCAUGGAAGUAGAUUGAAUUGUGUUACACAACCAUUCACUCACACACGGACGAUCGCGGUUGACUUGGUGUCCACUAACCCGGGACUGCACGCGUUUUCAGGAGAAGGAGGAGGGAGAGGACCAGGUCCCUUCCUACAGUAGUUUGACCACGCAGGCUGAAAACGCGGCAUGGCGGCUAAAAGCAGGCUUGGUCCACUCUCGGCGAGCGACCUCCGCGACUCUUCCGAGUCAGAGCCGGAGGUGGAACACCUUUGGACGCCCGUCAGCGGUUUGGCCUACGGGCCUUACCCCUACACGCAGGUCAUCCACAGCGGACACUUCAUGGUGUCGUCACCCCACAGCGACGCGGUGCCGCGCGGGAGGAGAGGCGCAGGGUGUCCCGGGUACGACUUUGACACGGUGAACCGGACCUGGUGCCAGACGUACCGCUACGGCCCGCUCAGCACGCGCAGCCUGAGCAUCGACCCCACACUCACGCGCUUGUUUGAGUGCAUGUCCCUGGCCUACAGUGGGAAGAUCGUUUCUCCCAAGUGGAAGUCUUUCAAGGGUCUGCGGUUGCUGUGGAGGGACAAGAUCCGUCUAAACAAUGCAAUCUGGAGAGCGUGGUUCAUCCAGUAUGUGGAGAAGAGGAAGAACCCAGUGUGUGGCUUUGUCACCCCAUUGGAAGGAUCUGAGGCUGAUGCACACAGAAAGCCUGAAGCGAUAGUCUUAGAGGGCAGCUACUGGAAGCGACGGAUUGAGGUCGUCAUCAACGAGUAUCACAAGUGGAGGAUAUAUUACAAGAAGAGACUUCAGAAGGAGAAGGAUGGCAUUUUAUCAAUGCUGCAGGAGGGCCAAAUCUGCCAGGCAAAGCUGGAUAAAUGGUCCAGUCAGAUGUAUCCAGAACCUGAGGCUGCACCUGCAGACACACACAUCUUUGACUUGGACUACCUCCUCUCCGACAUCUCCGACACCCUGUUCACAAUGACACAAAAGCCAUCUCCCUGGGCCAGCGAGCGGCAAAACACUUACACUACCAAUGCUGAUAUGAUCCAGCCGGGCCUGACGCCUCUGCAGCCCAACCUGGACGAUUUCAUGGAUAUACCAGAUAUCUUUAUGAACCAUCGGGGCCAACCGUAUGAGCAGACAGCCGGUUUUGCAGACUCGGGCUAUUUUGAGAGUUCGUUUGCCCUACCAGCCAUGCACACAGCUCCUCAGCUCCUCAGCGACACCCAGCCUACUCAGGCCGAUUUGGCUCAGGCCUCAACAUCUAAUACGGAGAGAGUUCGGACCAGACUGGGCCAGGAGUGUGAGGAAUACCACUCAUCCAGCAUCACGGCAUGCGCCAUGCCAUACGGACCCCAUUCGUACGCCGACCCCCUCGUUUCGGCGCAGUUCACCACCACCGUGGAUCAUGUGGUUUCCACAGCCAUCCCUCUCCUCUACCCGCUUGCGUGCCACAAGUUUGGCUAUCACACGACGACCACCGGCGUGACCCCGACCGUCAUCACUCACACCGCCUCCACCGUGGCCCACAGCUUCCCUCAUCCAGGGGACACAUACCCCCAGCCUCCAUGCCAGUCUGUCAGCUACCCACCCGUCAUGUCUGAUCCGCUCCAUGCAGCCCGGCUCCUGGCUGCUUCCGGCUGCUUCCCAGCCCCUCAACAAGUGGCGACUACGGAAGAGGGGAAGCACAAGCAAAAGAGAGGAGGAGUGAGGACAGCUGUUCAUCCUGAGGGUCUGUCUUAUCCCUUGUCCGAUGGCACAGCCCCCACGAGCUGCCUGGCUAAGCUGCUCUCCACAGGUGCCCUUGAGCUUGGGUUUGAAACUAGUCAUGUGACAGUCAAAGGUCAGAAGACAUCAUCUCCCAGCUCUUUGGCUACCUCCGGCAGCGGAGCUUUAUCUCACCUGCAGCACGGAAACAGCUGGCAUCCAGGGAUCCCGGUGCUGACGCCUUUGCACAACCAGACUUCAGCUGAGGGUCACAGUGGAACACACAGAAGAACCUCCAGUGUCCGUCUGCUCACUGAUGACGCCGCACACGCCGGCACGGCCCUCCUCAUUCCCAAGACCGAACUGUCACCCGUCCAGCUCUACGACACAGAGAGGAGCAGGUUCACAGUUGAUUUUCCAGGAUAUCCAGGCCAAUCAUCAACCCCCGUUCCUUUAGACAAAGCCGCUCAUCCAGAAUCUGGUUAUGGAAAGAUGGAAUCAAGUAAGCAAACGGAGAUCAGGAGGGUAACUCACAUCUCAGCCGAACAGAAGAGGCGUUUCAAUAUCAAAAUGGGAUUUGACACUUUGCACAACCUCGUGACGACACUCAGCUCUCAGCCAAGCAUAAAGAUCAGCAAGGCCACCACGCUGCAGAAGACCGCAGAGUACGUGGGAAAAAUGCAGCAGGAGAGAGCUCUGUUGCACGAGGAGGCACAGCGGCUCCGAGAUGAGAUCCAACUUCUGAACUCUGCCAUCAAUUCAUGCCAGCAGCAGCUGCCAGCCACCGGCGUGCCCAUCACACGGCAGCGCUUUGACCACAUGAGGCAAAAAUUCAGAGAGUACGUCCGGGCGCAGACUCUGCAAAACUGGAAGUUCUGGAUUUUCAGCAUCAUCAUCGAGCCGCUGUUUGAGUCCUAUAAUGGAAUGGUGUCCACUGCCAGUGUGGAGCAGCUGUGCCAGUCCACUCUGUCCUGGCUGGACCAACACUGCUCUCUGCCUUCGCUAAGACCCAUGGUCCUGAGUUCACUCCGUCUCCUGAGCACCUCUACGCCCAUCCUGACUGACCCAAGCCUCCUACCAGAGCAGGCCACCCUCGCUGUCACCCAGGGUGACCCUGCUGUUGCCCCGGACCACUCCAUACAGCACGCCCCUCAAGACAAUACACGCAACCUGUGACUGAAAUGUGUCAUUACCCAGCUGCUAAAAAAAACCCAAAAGUCAUUUGAAUUCUAGGAACAGAAACUUGUAGUAUAUUUCCAGUGGUACCUAAAGAAUGUCUAGAAGGAACUUUUGGUAUUACUCCAGUUUUCUAUCAAAAGAUUUCAUGUUUACGUCCUUGUAUCAGUAAGUGUUCAUAAUAAAAACAGCAUCUUGCUUAAUUCAAGGGGUCAAAAUUAGUCCUAGAGUAAAAAUUGCAGGGGUGUCCAAAGUGCAACCCAGAGGCCAUUUUCAGCCCUUAGCUUGUUUUUUUAUAGGCCCUCCGCGUUUUGUAAAAAUAAAAUAAGAUCA